GCAAAGCCGGCUAUGUCAGAAAGUCCACUAGCAGUACCACUUACUUAUUUUAUAAUCUAUUCUAUUUCAUGUGAUGAUAAUCUUGUGAAUCUUGCAAGUGUCUCCCAAUCUCAAUCCUCACUUUGCUUCGUCGUUCAUGGAAUAAACCUUAUCUUCUGCAUCACCUCUCUCUAUUCACAACAAGAAGAAAGAAUCCAUGGAUUCUUCUGAUUUUUUUUGCAAGAUUAUAUGACAGAACUGAUUGAUAUAUUGAUAUAGGUUUGUACGAGUGAAAUGGGUUGUUUUCCAUGUUUUGAUUCAAAGGAAGAGGAGUCAUUGAAUCCUCAAAAACACUCAAAUCAUCACAAAGAGACUCAUACUCAUCCUGCACUCUCCAACAACAUUUCCAGAUUAGCUUCUGGAGCAGAUAGGUUUAAGUCUAGAAGCAAUGUUGGUGGAAAGAGGGAACAACCAGGUCUCAAGGAACUAGCUGACGCUCAAAUUGCAGCACAGACAUUUACUUUUCGCGAGCUUGCCGCUGCAACAAAUAAUUUCAGGCCCGAGUCCUUCAUAGGGGAAGGUGGAUUCGGCCGUGUUUACAAAGGAAGGCUUCAAACCACCGGUCAGGUUGUAGCUGUAAAACAAUUGGAUAGAGAUGGACUUCAGGGCAACAGAGAAUUUCUUGUUGAAGUUCUGAUGCUUAGCCUUCUGCACCACUCCAACCUUGUCAAUUUGAUUGGAUACUGUGCUGAUGGGGAUCAACGGCUUCUAGUUUACGAGUUUAUGCCAUUGGGAUCACUGGAAGACCACCUUCAUGAUCUUCCGCCAGAUAAAGAACCUCUAGACUGGAACACGCGAAUGAAGAUUGCGGCAGGUGCAGCCAAAGGUUUAGAGUUUCUCCAUGACAAGGCCAGUCCUCCAGUUAUCUACAGGGACUUCAAAUCAUCCAAUAUUUUAUUAGAGGAAGAAUUUCACCCAAAGCUUUCUGACUUUGGACUUGCAAAGCUUGGACCUACCGGAGAUAAGUCUCAUGUUUCUACUAGGGUGAUGGGAACCUACGGUUACUGUGCUCCUGAGUAUGCCAUGACUGGACAAUUGACAGUGAAAUCUGAUGUCUACAGUUUCGGUGUAGUAUUCUUGGAGCUUAUAACUGGACGUAAAGCAAUUGACAGUACUCAACCACAAGGACAACAGAACCUUGUCACAUGGGCAAGACCUUUGUUCAAUGACCGCAGAAGGUUUGCAAAAUUGGCUGACCCAAGGCUUCAAGGUCAGUAUCCAAUGCGAGGGCUAUACCAGGCUCUAGCUGUAGCAUCCAUGUGCAUCCAAGAACAGGCUGCUGCUCGGCCUCUAAUUGGGGAUGUUGUAACUGCCUUAUCUUAUCUUGCGAACCAGGCCUAUGACUCUAGCUCAGUGCCUGGACAUGGCUACAGAUUAAAUGGAGAUAGAGAUGAAAAAAAUAACAGAGGUAGUGGAAGAUUCUUAAGGAAUGAUAUGGGGGGAGGAUCGGGCCUUAAAUGGGACUUGGAAGGUUCUGAGAAAGAUGACUCUCCAAAAGAAACUGCCAGGACCCUAAACCGGGACUUGGAAAGAGAACGAGCUGUUGCAGAGGCUAAGCUAUGGGGAGAGAAUUUAAGAGAAAAAAGAAGACAAGAAGAUAAUUUUGAUACUAAUAAUGAGUAGCUGCUGUUUGCACAGUGAGAGGUGAUUUUGCUAACUUUGGCUUAAACCUUUUUAAUUAGAUAAAUCAGGGUAGAGAGAAUACCCAGAAGCAAAGGUUCCGUCUUCACUCAGUAGUUAUGUAAACAGAAGCAGCUUACAAGUUAUAUCAGCUGAAGAGGAGAAAUUUUAUACAGUCAAGAAACAUAUACGCAGCAGAAGCUGCUGAUGACAAAAAUCUUUUUUCUUGAGAGAUACCAAAUGUUACCAUUUGGAUUCGACUCAAGAAACAACUUGUUUAGCUCAAA